UGUUGCUAUUGUAUUACACUUCCAUGUUUUUCGCCUCAAACUGCAACGGUAAACCACAAACGUCGAAACUGUAACUGCCGUGUGAUUCCUCCCCACAUACAAAGUUAGUGUAACGUCUGCCCGCGUCGCUACAGCCAGCGGAGGUGCCGAAGCGGCGGGUGGGGGGGGGGCAAACAUGGCCAACUGUGUGGCUUUCCAGACCAAGUUAACCUCGAUCAUGGAGAUGCUAACUAAAGCGGCCGUGGUAGAAAUCAGCAGACUGUGGGAGGACGGCUUCGCUCUCGUCCAGGUCGAGCUUCGCCGGAGGGAGAGCGAAAUUGAAGCCCUGAACACAAAGUUGAUGCUGAUGGAAAACGAGCGGCUGUCGGUCCUGUCUCAAGCUCAGACUCCAAAUCUGUCCUCAUCGUCUUCUUCCAAGAGAGAGCAACAGAACAAGCUGCUGCCGCCCACCGGUGAUGGGCCCAUUAUAGACUCAGUUCAGACACUGUGUUCUGAUGCGAGCAUCAGCGAGAAGGUGGACAGCUCAGCGAAUCCCACAACACCUCCACCCACUCAGACAGAAGAGAAGCAGUGUGAGCAGCUCAAGUCUGACCAUUGUGAAAGUGACAGCAUAGAUGAUGAAGACUUAAUAGUCAAGCUGGAGGACGAGGACGACGUCCAGAUUGUGGAGCAGAUAGUGGACUCUGAUCACAGUGUUAAUGAUGGAGCGGGUCGCCACGAGAUGGAUCUUAACCACCAACCUGCCGAAGUCCUGGAAGAACAAGAGAGCCAGCAGUGGACGUCUGUUUCAGUGGGCGACAGCGACGUUGCCGACGACUCAGACUGCUUUUUUGAACCAAAGCAGCUGUCUCAAAACCUGGACUCAGAAAUCCUGCUCAUUCAAAAUGCCUUGGACAUUUUUGAUAAGUCAGCAGAGACAGCAUAUUCUGAUAGGUUUAUGAGGGAUAAUGGACAAGGUGCAUCGAGUAAGUCAAGGGCUUCUUCGAUUUUUAGCCAAGCUCAGCCAAGUCAACCUAUAGAAGCAAUAAAUCACCCAGAGAGAGGAGUGUCCAUCAGAUUCCUCUCAGAGAAACAACCACAAACUAAAAACAUGUCAGCUUUUAACCCGGACAACAGAUUCUUUCUCUUAAACGACCCGGAGUUUCAUAAAACUAUAGCCAGUCGCCGCAUAAAGGAGAAAUGGUUCAUCUGCCCGUUCUGUGGCAAGAGCUUUGAUCGCGUCAGCCACCUGGAGAUUCACCAGCGAAUUCACACAGGAGAGAAACCAUACACGUGCGAUACAUGUGGCAAGUGUUUUUCUCAGAGGAGUAACCUUCGAACUCACCAGCGGACUCACAAAGAGGCCCUAUCCCAAAAUGCAGGUUGAUCUAAUAGAUUUUGAAUAAUGAGAUAGAAAGAGAAUUAUAUCCAUGGCAUUUAUGUCUAGAUUAUUUUAAUAACACAAAAAGUAAUGUAGCUGACUGGUUUUACUGUGCAUUCUGUUUUUUUAAAGUUGUAUCUUUUACAUAGUUUGGAUUGUAAGAGCUAAAUUUGUUUACUUGUGAACUCUUUGUAAAUCCAACCAGAUAAAUCCAGAGAUUUAUAAAAACAUGUAGGGACAUCCAGCCCCAAGGACAAAGCUGAAUAUUGACUUCUUAAGGUUAUAGAGAAGGACAGGAUUUGUUCCUUUAUAUCUGGCUAAAUGACGUGAGUCAUUGUGAAUCAGAAAGGGUUGGCAAACAAACCUCUGUAUGUAUGUUCACUGUAGACGCUCUGAUAUCCUCUGGAUUACCAUUGUCACAUUCACUGUCUGUUUUUACUACCUAAAUGGGCCAAAAAAAAAAGGAAUUCAGUAAAUUAGGUCA